CAUCAGCAUUAUCACGGUUGUGUGUAUAUAAAGCCUUGAUUUGUCGUCUCGACUCUUUUAAUUGUUAUCAUACUUCAAUCUUAACCAUUGCACAAGAUGUCAAACACAUUCGACGUUGCCGCAGCCCGCGAGCGCUUCCCCGCACUUAAGCAAGACCAGGUGUUCCUUGACAAUGCGGGCGGAAGUCAGACACUGGACGAUGUUAUCGACUCUAUAACGCAGUAUCUUUCCAAGACCAAUGUACAAUUGGGGGCGUCGUAUCACACUGGCACAAUCUCCAAUACCAAGUACGAAGAAGGCUACCAAGCGGCUGCAAAAUACAUCAACGCCGGGCGCGACGAAAUCGUGCUCGGCGGCUCCACCACCCAGCUUUUCAUGAACCUGUCCUCCGCCAUGAAGAUCCCCGAAGGCUCGGAGAUCAUCCUGUCCAAAAUGGAGCACGAGACCAACGUCAAGCCCUGGCUUGUCAUGGCAGACCGCCUCAAGCUGACGGUCAAGUGGUGGGAGUCGCCGAAGCCGGAGCUGAAGCUCACCCCUGAGAACCUCAAGCCCUUGUUGGGGCCAAAAGUGAAAUUUGUCGCCUGUACGCACGUGAGCAAUAUCCUCGGGGGAAUCCACGAUGUCAAGGCGAUAGCGGAUGCGGUGCAUGAAGCUGGGGCGCUGUUCUGCGUGGACGGGGUGAGCUUUGCGCCGCAUCGCCAAGUCGAUGUGAAGGCUUUUGGGGUCGACUUCUACGCCUUCUCGUGGUACAAGGUCUACGGCCCACACAUCGCCGUCCUGUACGCCAGCAAUGCCGCCCAAGAACACGUCAAGCCCCUUCCGCACUACUUCAACCCCACCAAAACCCUCGAAGACAAGCUCGGCUUCGCAGCCUCCAACUACGAAAAUGUCCAGUCGAUCCCAAAGAUCGUGACCUACCUUGCUGACAAGAGCGAUGCCAUCGCCGCCCACGAGGGCAAGCUGCAGACCAUCCUGCUCGACUUUCUCAACUCGCGAGACGACAUUACCGUGCUAGGAUCUACGUCAGCAGACUCCACGGUCAGGGUGCCGACCAUCUCGUUUGUGGUGGACGGUAGGAACUCGAGGGAUAUUGUGGAGCAGGUGGAUAAGGUUAGCAAUUUCGGGAUCAGAUGGGGCCACUUCUACUCCAAGAGGCUGUGCGACGAGGUGUUGGGCCUGAAGCCGGAAGGGGUGGUGCGCGUGAGCAUGGUGCACUAUAACACCGAAGAGGAGAUUCGGGAGCUUGUCGAGGCGCUGAAGAAGAUUUUGUCUUGAAAAGUGAUGGGAGGAGGAUGAUAGAAUGGGCUUUUAUUGCGUUAGCGGG